UUUAACGAUGACAUCACUCGGUGAAUAAACUCGACUGUGUCAAUUUCUGGCGGGAAAAUGUAGCGAGAGCGGGAGUUACAUUGAACCGGGAGGAGCUGAGUGCGACUGCCUUAACAGGUCUAUCCCUUACCCCAGCAUGGUCCUCCUUCGGGAGGGGAUCUGUCCUGGAGCCACCGCCCAACUCAUCCAGGCUUUGAGAGAUCAGAAUAUACUAACAGUUGUGCAGUUGGCAUCUGCAGAUAUUGAAGACCUGGCGCAGAAAAGCUCCAUUUCCUAUAAGACACUGGUCGCUGUGAGGAGGGUACUGUUUGUCCAAUACUCUCCAUUCCCUUCCACUGGGACAGAUUUCUAUGAGGAGCUGCUGGCUUCCACGGCCAUCCUGUCAACUGGAAACCAAAGCCUCGAUACGUUGCUGGACUCAGGCCUUUACACUGGAGAGCUAAUAGAGUUUGUUGGAGCACCAGGCAGCGGCAAGACACAGGUGUGCCUCAGCUUGGCAGUCAACAUAGCGUGUGAGCUGAAGCAGAGAGUGCGCUACAUCGAUUCAACAGGGGGACUGUGUGCCUCUCGGCUUCUGCAUCUGAUCCAAGAGCAGGUUAACAGCUUGGAAGGACAGAGCAAGGCACUCCAGCGGAUUGAAGUGGCGCGUGUGUUUGAAGUGUACCAUCUGUUAGAUGCACUGCAGGACCUCAGGACCAGCUUCACAGGCCAGGUGACCAGUGCUUGCAGCUCUGUGAAGGCUGUAGUGAUUGAUUCAGUCUCUGCUGUACUCUCCUCUCUCCUGGGAGGCCAUCAGCUCGAAGGUAUGUCUCUCAUGAUGCAACUUGCAAGGGAACUGAAGAUGAUGGCCAGGGAACUAAAUGUUGCUGUAAUAGUGACCAAUAGUGUUGUCCAGGACCCUGGUGGCAGGGGUGUGAAGCCAGCUCUGGGGCGCUCGUGGAGUUACGUUCCCAAUGUCCGUGUCCUGCUCCAGCGUGGGACAGGAGGGGAUGGUCUGCAGCCAGCGAAGCGCACUGCAACUAUCCUGAAGUCAUCCCGGCAGCCUACCAGAAGAAGCACAGAGUUUGACAUCACUUCCUGUGGAACACUGACCAAUCGAACUACUUCCUCCCAGCAUUCUGCUGGUGACCUUGACAACACAGAUUGAAGCUUGGCUGGGCCUUAUGACAACGGAGAGCUGUGUGUCAGUGUUUUAUUUUAAACUGCAGUGGGUCUAUUUGGUGGUGGUGAUGAAGAUGGGACCUUUGUGUCUGGCCACCUUUUGGGAGCAGUUGCGUGACGGCCUGUUGUCCUUGUACAAAGCCCAUCCUUUAUGUUGUGGCUGCAGCAUUCGGGUCACCUCCCCCUCCUCCUAAGAAGUGAGUGGUCUGCAAAGAGGUAGCACGUUGGAGAGAUCUUGGAAACCUCAAGCCAGUAGUGCAUACGGGUGCCUGGCAGCACUGCAUCAGACAGUUCGAGUUAGUUGCAGGAACUGUUUUCAGUGUACAAUUGUAAAGACUUGGCUCUGGGUGAAGCUAGUGGCUGUAGACUUGGUGAGACAUUAAACAAUGAAUGGCCAAAUGUCUUUAUACAUCAACAACCAACAACUUGCAUCGCAGUGUGAGGUUACAUUUUUAAAUCUUUUCCCUAUAAUCUUACCCUCGGGAAUUGAUGGGCAGUCUCAUCCUGGCACACUUUUUCUGGAUAAAUAAAACCCUUGUGCACUAAAAGGUGCUGUUUGACAUUCAGUACCUGGCAGGUCCUUCUGUGCGCUCUGACUUUUUAACCUUGGGAAUGGGUGGCCUGGAACGCUGAAGAGACAAACUGUUUUGUAGCUGGAGCUAGUAAAUAGUCAUACAGCUAUGGAAACAGACCCUUCAGUCCAACUAGUCCACGCUGACCAUGUUCCCAAACUAAACUGCUCCCACCUCCCUGUGCUUGGCCCAUAACCCUUGAAACCUUUCCUAUUCAUGUACUCAUCCAAAUGUCUUUAAACAUUGUAACUUUACCAGCAUCCGCCACUUCCUCUGGCAGUUCAUUAUGCACACAAACCACCCUUUGUGUGGAAAAAAAUGCACCCCGUGUCCUCCUUAAGUCUCUCACCCUAAAAAUAUGCCCCCUAGUUCUGAACUCCCCCACUUCAGGGAAAAUACCCUUAUCAUUCACCUUAUCUAUGCCCCUCAUGAUGUUAUAAACGUCUAUAAGGUCACCCUUCAACCUCCUGUGCUCCAGAGAAAAAAAAUCCCAGCCAUUUCAGUCUAUUUUUAUAUCUCAAACCCUCCAUCCCCAGCAACGUCCUGGUAAAUCUUUUCUGAACCUUCUCCAGUUCAAUGAUUUCCUUCCUAUAACAGAGUGAUCAGAACUGCACACUGUGCUCCAUAGGAGGCCUCCCUAAUGGGCUAUACAACUUCAACAUGGCAUCCCAACUCCUACACUCGAAGGUCUGAGCAAUGAAGGCAAGUAUGCUAAAAGCUUUCUCAACCAACUUGACUACCGAUGAUGCAAAUUUCAAACAAUUAUGUACUAGGUGUCUCUGUUCUACAACACCAUCCAGAACCCUAUCUGUAAGUGUGUAUGUCCUGCCCCUGUUUGUUUUACCAAAAAGCAAUAACUCACAUUUAUCCAAAUUCAACUCCAUUUGCCACUCCUCAGCCCAUAGACACAAAUUGACUUCGAUCUCUUUGUAAUCCUUAGAUAACCUUUUUCACUGCCCACUAUGCCACCAAUUUUGGUGUCAUCCGUAAACUUACUAACCAUGCCUCCUAUAUGCAAACCCAAAUUGUUGCUGUAAGUGACAAAUGAAAGUGGGACCUAGCUGUGAUCCUUGUGGCAUUGCACUGGUCACAAGCCUCCAGUCUGAAAAAUAAUCCUCCACCACCACCCUCUGUCUUCUGCUGACAUUAAGCCAAUUUUGUACCCAACUGGCAAGCUUUUCCUGAAUCCUAUGUGAUCGAACUUUGCUAAUUAGUCCAUCAUUGGGAACCUUCUCAAAGUAGUGUUGUCCCCUCCCUUUAGUAUACAUCAGAAACCUCCCACCCCUGUAAAGUUACAACCAGCACUGCCUUCAUGAAAUCCUGCAAAUACUAGGUGUACCAGCGUGAGCAUCUUCUCCCAGGUCAGUAUAACCUCACAGAGGCAUUGAUCGCUCUUGACCAGCCGCGUUGGGUGGGCUGCAAUGCCUGACCCAAACCUCUCAGCUCUGCAAUGAUAAGUGAUCACUAGGAGGGCAGAAGAAUUGCUACAAAGGCACCCUGAAAGCAGUUCCAAACAAAAGCAACAACAGCCCUGCUGGCAAGUGGGAAUUGCUUGCCCUGGAAUGCAAACUGGAGAAGAAGCAUCCACUUCAGGUAUCGCACUUGGAGGCCAAGCGCGAGCAGCGGAAAGAGUGGCUAGAAUCCAGAAUGUUCCAGCCUCAUCAAACACAACCAGCCCCACGAAUGGCCGAAUCUGCAGUUCCAGCAAUGGAUUAUUUAGCCGCCCCCCCCUCUCCCAGAGUAGAAGCAAGUCAUCCUUGAUCCCAAGGAACUGCCAAGAAAAUAUCUUUUGAGUACCCAAUCUGGCCUAGAGGCCUUCGUUCGCGAUAAAUGCUUAUUUACAUCACCAGCUUUGAACUUGACCUACUAUGUCUACUACAGAACCUUGAUCAUUAACCAUGAGAUACCUGCAUUAGCUGUUCAGAGUGCAAAAUGUUUCAAGUCUAACUGACCAUGAAGAAUUAACUUUAAUGCUUUCGUUGCCAUGUUGAUAACCCACCAUCUUGCCAUCACAACCUAUAGCUUUGCCAGGGCCUUUCCAAUCGAUCAUUCUCUUAAAAUAUACUAAAUUUCCUCAAUAUGUUUGAAAAAUACACUUGACCUCAUCCUCAAAGAGACGCUGAAGAUUCAUCUAUCCAUGACAAUGUCAGUAAGAAUGACUAAUACGUAGUCCUCAUAGAGAUAGAGUCCCACACUGAGAGUGCCCACCAUUGCGUUGUGUGACAGUAACUCUGCACUAUAUGGGACAGACUUCGAACAGAUCAAGCGACGCAAGCUUGGCCAUCCAUGAUGUGCUAAAGUACCGAAUAGUACUAAAGUUCAGUGCUCUCGAACUUGCUGCAAAACUGGCAUCAACCUGGCAAUGUGGAAAAUUGCCCAGGUAUGUCUUGCCCACAAAAAAAAAGGCACAUGUCCAACCUGGCCAAUUAUCUCCCUUGUCAGUCUACUCUCGGUCAUCAGUAAAGUGAUGGAAGUUGUCAUCAACUGUGCUCUGAAGACAUGCUUAGCUACAACCUGCUUACUAGUUCUGCCAGAGCCACUUGGCUCCUGAUACCAAUACAGCCUUGGUUCAAAUGUGGGUAAAAGAGUUGAAUUCCAGAAGUGAGAUGAGAAUGACAGCCCUUGACAUAAGGCUGGGUUUGACUGUGGCAUCAAAGCACGCUAGUAAAACAAAUCAGGGAGAUGGUCGUGGCUGCUGGAGGUCGGUCAUCUCUGUUCCAGGACAGCUCUGCAGGAGCUCCACAACCAUCUUCAGCUGCUUCACCAGUGAUUUUCAUAUUAUCAGAACAAUAUGAUAAUUAAUAACGAACCAUAACCAAUGGCUGUGUUGCAAUAUGUUACAUGCAAUAAGUUGUAUUCAGGAGGAGUAUAUUUCUUUAAGGCUAUAAAGUCCAAUUGCUAAAUGAAUAUAACAAUUUCAUUUUCAAUCUUGUGCCUGCUGCUGCUUCUGUGUAACUGAAGUGUAAAUAAAUCUGAUUAGUUGUUA